GAUUGGAUUGGAGUAUUCCCUCUUCUUUUUCUUUUUUCCUCAGCAAAGAAAGAAAUGUGGCAGAUAAUUCAACACACAAACAACAGACGCACAGAAAAACAAAAAAGAAAAUAGUACGGUUCAAUCAUUACUGCAGUCGGUACAAUCAAAUAUCGUACUCCCGCACCCUAUAAUCUUGCAAGUUUCUUUAUUUUUGGGCCUAUAAUCUUGCAAGAUAAGCAUCAUCAUUUUCAUUUUCCUCGUAUAUUCAAACGUCGGUUCACGUUUGGUUUUAUUAUUAAUUUUCUUCGACCAAAUUCUGCAAACCUCUCCGUUUGUUCUUCCGACCAUCCCCACCCCCCUAUACUGAAGGCCCACUGUUCUUUCUUGAAUCAAACUAAACCACACCAUGACCGUGGCGUAAUUCUGACUUCAAGAACAUCACUUACUAUUUAAUUCCUUUUGUUUUCUUCCGAUUUUUGGUGUUGAAUUUUCACUGUCCUUGUCGGCGUAAUAGAAGUUCAUCUCCUUCUUCAGGAAGCUAGGCGUCACGCAUUAAAUAAAACAGUGAUGUCAAGCUCAACUACAUCUGUGCUGGCAUUGCCAUCACAGUACUCGGAACAGGGUGUGGAUGAAAUGGCAGUAUCAAGCACAAAUCCAUCUCUACCUUCUCCGCAUCAAAGUCACAGUUCCUUGCAAGGUCCAGUGGCGAUUCUUUGGGACAUUGAGAACUGUCCCGUGCCAAGUGAUGUGCGCCCUGAGGAUGUGGCUGGUAAUAUUAGGAUGGCCUUGCGGGUACAUCCUGUUAUUGAUGGAGCUGUCACUAUGUUUUCGGCAUAUGGGGAUUUUAAUGCCUUCCCCAGACGACUAAGAGAAGGUUGCCAGAGAACUGGGGUCAAACUCAUAGAUGUCCCGAAUGGGCGAAAGGAUGCUGCUGACAAGGCAAUCUUGGUUGACAUGUUCCUUUUUGCUCUCGACAAUCCUCCACCAUCAUCCAUCAUGCUGAUCUCAGGGGAUGUUGAUUUUGCUCCUGCUCUCCAUAUUCUUGGUCAGCGUGGAUACAUUGUCAUACUUGUUAUUCCUUCUGGGGUCGGCGUCUCAUCUGCUCUAAGUAAUGCGGGCAGGUUUGUUUGGGAUUGGCCUAGUGUUGCUCGUGGGGAAGGCUUUGUGCCCCCUGCUAAGGCAUUAUUGCCUCCUCGUAGUGGUCCAGCAGAAAUUGCCGGGCUUUUGAUGGGAUGCCAGGUCAAUGAUAAUUUAGAAGGUCAGAAUGAAGAAGAAUCGAUAGUGUAUAGAGGGGUCUCGAAAAGCUGUUACAAUACCAGAGAAUAUUCAAUGGUAUCACAGUCUGUAUCUGAAUAUAGUAGUAGUUCAGUAUUGAUGCUCCAAAAUCCUACUCCUUCCAGAUCACAUAGCCUUCCGUCUGGUGUGAAUGAAGUUCCAACAGGAAAUCUUGCUUCUGUUAACCAGAAAGACUUGUCGUGGGUGCAACCAGGAGAUCUAAAUGGUUUGAAGGGCCAACUGGUAAAGUUGCUUGAAUUAUUUGGUGGCAGUUUGCCUCUAACCCGUCUUCCGGCAGAAUACCAAAAAACUUAUGGGCGGCCUCUGUAUGUUUCUGAGUAUGGGGCAUUUAAGCUUGUAAAUCUCCUCAACAAGAUGGCUGAUGUAAUCGCUGUCCAGGGGAAAGGCCAAAGGAAAGUUGUAUGCCUCCGCAACUCAAAAUCAGUUGGCCCUCCGGUGAUCUUCCCGAGGAAGGACAAGAAAGGGAAAGGAGGCAAGGAAGACAACAUUGACACAAUGGCUGGAGCUGGAUCCUCAGAUGAAUUAUCAGAAGAAGAAAGGUUGGCUAUGGGGGAGAAUGACGAUGCGAGGGGAAGAGAGAAAUUUUAUGUGAAUAUGAUACAUCAUUCUCAGAUUACCGACAACAACCUCAAAAAGUUCAAAUAUGAGCUUCAAGAGAUUCUAGUGAGCUACUCUUGUCGAAUUUUUCUCGGUUGUUUUGAGGCAAUAUAUCAGCAAAGAUACAAAAGACACCUCGACUAUCAGAGCUUUGGUGUGAGUCAUCUGGAGGAGCUUCUACAAAAGGUGAGAGAUGUGGUGGUGUUGCACGAGGAACCGGUAAGUCAAAGGAAGUUUCUGGUUGCUGCUGGGGAGUAGAAGCAAAGUCACUUCCUGCUUUCUGUUCAUUGUCUGAAAAUAAGCUUCAUGACUGAGGUAGGCUAGUUGCUUGCUCAUUCUGGUCCUGUUUUGCACUGGCAUGAAGUUUUAUUUUGGACAAGAGAAAGCAAAAAAUGUCUCUGGCAUUCCUACUGUCUAACAUGGUCCUGUUGUAGGUAUAUCUUCAAGUGGUUAUACUAUAGAAAAGUCGUGAAAGUGUGCUGGACCUGAUUCCGAGAUCAUCCCAAAAUGGGAGAUCUUUCUGUACAUAAGCUUCGUUUGAAUUAUUGACUUGUAAAACUAGACGACAAUUCCUCGCUUUUUAUUUGAAUUAUUUUGUUUGCAAUA